AGUAUGAAGGUCUUUGUGUUCUUAGUUCUGGCCAUCGCCUCCGCCUCCGCUGGGCUCCUGUCCCAGACCGCUCCUGUGCAUCCUCGGGACAGGACCAUCGUUCCUUCCAUUAAUGGUCGCAUCACCAACGGCAACAACGCCGUGGCCAAUCAGUUCCCCUACCAGGUUGGACUCAGCUUCACAGGAUCGGAGGGCAGCUGGUGGUGCGGUGGUUCCAUUAUCGACAACUCCUGGGUUCUGACCGCCGCCCACUGCACCAGCGGUGCCUCCUCCGUGACCAUCUACUACGGAGCUACCGUGCGUACCAGCCCGCAGUUCACCCACACGGUUUCCAGCAAGGACUUCAUCCAACACGUCAACUACAUCUCCCUGACAGUCCGCAACGACAUCUCUUUGAUCAAGACUCCGGCCGUAACCUUCUCGGCCUCCAUCAACAAGAUCGCCCUGCCCGCCAUCGCCAGCAGCUACUCCACAUACGUUGGACAGACCGCAGUUGCCUCCGGUUGGGGCCUUACAUCGGAUGAGGCCACCGCCGUGGCCAGGGAUCUGCAGUUCACCGACCUCACGGUCAUCGAAAACUCCGUGUGCCAGAAGGCCUUCAGCAGUCUGAUUGUCACCAGCAGGGUCAUCUGUGUGGCCACCCCCAAGGGAACCUCCACUUGCCAGGGAGAUUCCGGCGGCCCCCUGGCUCUGGAUGGCACCCUCAUCGGUAUCACAUCCUUCGGAUCGCCCGAUGGUUGCGAGGUUGGCGAGCCAGCUGCCUUCACCCGCGUGACCAGCUACUUGGAAUGGAUCAAGAGCAACUCCGGAGUUUCGGAUUAGAGCUUCUUUACUUCUGUAACCUCUUGCAACAAUAAAAU